AAAUCCACUGAUGGUGCGGCCUCCAAUGCUGCUACAGCCUCUAAUACUGCUACUGCCUCCAAUGCUGCUACGGCCUCUUCUUCUAUUGCAGCUUGCACUAUUGGUCCUAGGAGUGAUGCAGUUGGGAGAGGUUCUGGGAGUGGUGUCGUUAACAGAGGUUUAGUGCAGCACAAAGGCCCACAUAGGCUAGUCCAAUCCCAACCUAUUCAAACUGCUGGGAUUCAACUUAUUGGAUAG